CCUCCCUCCCUCCCUGCCUUAUUAUUGUUUUUUUCUUGUCAAAAUAACAAAUGUUGUUAGCAGAGCAGCCCAAUCAUGAAAGCCAAAUUGUUCCAUUUCUGAUAUCUCCCUUUGAUAUGAUCCUUCCCCUCUCUUCUCAUUGGAAGAAGCCUUGAAAAUCUUUUUGUUUUCUUCUUCUUAUACUCUUCUGUUCUUCUUCUUCUUCUUCUUGCUCGAGGGCCCACCACCACCACUACCACCAUAACAUCAGCCAGCAGCAGCAGAACUCAGAAGCUAUAGGGAAGGGAAGGGAAGAGACAGUGGGAGGAGGGUUGGCAGAGGCAGAGAGAGUUCUUCUUCUUCAUCUUCUUCGUCUGUCUGUCUGUCUGUCUUCACCAAUUCCCAAAAGGGUAGCUCCUGCUUCUGCUCCUGCCAAAAAGCCUUUUUCCCCCCGCAAGUGGAAAAGCAGGCUCUUAUUGGGGGAUUCCCUUGCCUUUUCCCCCAACCAACCCAACUCAUAAAAAAAGGCUCCAUCAUCAUCAUCAUCAUCAGAUCACCUGGGAUCAUCAGUUAGUUACUCGUUAUUGGGUUUGAUGGAAAGCAGCAGUGAAGAAAAAGGAGUUGGAGCUGGUGGCGGAGGAGGAGCCGAGUUCGGAUACUCAUCACCACCGCCAUCAGCAGCUCAGCAGCAGCAGCAGAUGAUUAUGAACCAUCAGAUCCACCACCACGGCUUCGAUUCCGCGCCGUCGGAGAUCUUCAACCUCACCACCGGCAUCGAGAUGAUCGGCUUCCCCAACUCAUCCGCCAAACCCCACUCCCCCGUCGCCGCCGCCAUGUGGAAACCCUUCGGCGAAAAGUCAGCUACGAGCGAACCCACGACCACAGACCAGUUCUACCACCACCACCAGCACGAGUUCAGCGACGGAGGCGGCGGGGUGGUGGAGGCAGCGGGGAUGAUGGCGGCGGCGGCGGUGGAGGAUCCGAGUAGUAAUAACAACAAUAAUUCAUCGAUGGUGUUUUCAUGCUCAGGGAACGAGCGGCCGAGCCAAGGGCUCUCACUUUCUCUCUCCUCCACCCACCCUUCCACCAUCGGCCUCCAGUCCUUCGAGCUAAUCCGCCACCACCACCACGGCAACCACCAGGAGGAAAUGAGGUUCAUGAACUCCCCGGCCUCCACCUCUCGCGGAGGCGGGGGAGGCGGUUUUUUCUCUGCUAGGCCGCCGUCCUCGUCGCAGCAGCAGCAGGAAAUGGAUGGCUUGUUCCACCAGCAGCAGCAGUUUCAGGUGAGAGGGUCAAGGUAUCUGGGUCCGGCCCAAGAGCUGCUGAACGAGUUCUGCAGCUUGGGUACCAAACAAACAGAUACUACUCCCAGGCCCAAACCCCACCCGCUAAAGUCCAAAAAUCCGGAUGAUAUUCCUUCCACUUCCAACACCGAUGCUGCUAACGAUGCGAAUGCCAAUAAGCCGUCGGUUGGUUCCCUUGAAUUCCUGGAGCUCCAAAAGCGCAAAACCAAGCUACUCUCCUUGCUCGAAGAGGUUGACAGGAAGUACAGGCACUACUGCGACCAGAUGAAGGCGGUCGUGUCGUCGUUCGAGGCGGUGGCGGGGGCCGGGGCGGCCACGGUGUACUCGGCGCUGGCGUCCAAGGCGAUGUCGAGGCACUUCCGGUGCUUGAGGGACGGGAUCGUGACGCAAAUCCAGGCGACCAAAAAGGCCAUGGGGGAGAAAGAUCCGGUGGCGCCGGGGACGACGAAAGGCGAAACGCCGCGUUUAAAGGUGAUCGAUCAGGCGAUACGGCAGCAGAGGGCGUUCCAGCAGAUGAACAUGAUGGAGACUCACCCUUGGCGGCCGCAGCGCGGGCUCCCGGAGAGAUCCGUCUCCGUCCUCCGCGCCUGGCUCUUCGAGCAUUUCCUCCACCCGUACCCAAGCGAUGUCGAUAAACAUAUUUUAGCGCGUCAAACAGGUCUCUCCAGAAGCCAGGUCUCCAAUUGGUUCAUCAAUGCAAGAGUCAGGCUGUGGAAGCCAAUGGUGGAAGAACUAUACACAGAAGAAACAAAAGACCCUAAUGAAGACUUCAUCCACAACAUCAGCACCAACAACAACAACAACAUUAACAAUCAUCGUUUCAUGAUGUCUUCUUCCUCGGCUGGUCAUGGAGCCCACGAUCUUGAUCAAGACAACAACGACGACAACGACAACAACAACAUCAACAUCCGCCUCCUCAACACUACUCACCACCACCACCACCACCACCUUUCCUCGUCCGCCGAUCAAAAGCCAAGCCAUGAUCAGUUGAUCCGAAUCGACUCCGACUGCCUCUCGUCCAUCAUCACCAACCCUGAUCGAAACGACCACCAAAUCACCACAACCAGAACCACCGCUGCCAUGGCCGCGGCCAAGACCUACCAAAGCCACCACCACAAUCAUUUGGCGUCUCAACAGCAACAAGGGUUUGGAGCUUUUGGCGCGGUGGAGCUUGAUUUCUCCUCGUACAAUCAUCAUCCCACGGGGGGCGCGGUUUCUUAUGGUAAUGAUCAUCAUCAACAUCAGCAGCAACAGGGAGGCGUGUCGUUGACUCUAGGGUUGCAACAGCAUGGAGGGAAUAAUAACGGCGGUGGAGGAGUGAGCUUGGCGUUCUCGCCGGCGACACAAGGGAGUUUGUUCUUUCCGAGGGACCAAAUGGAAGAAUGUCAGCAGGUUCAGUACUCGCUCCUCGAUGGUGAUCAAGGUCAGAACUUGCCUUACAGGAACUUGAUGGGUGCUCAGUUGCUGCAUGAUCUCGCCGGAUGAUAUAUCAUGGCCGGCGGGGAGACGGAGGUGAUGGGUUGAACAUAAUUAGUUUAUUGAAAAGUAGUUUUAAAUCUCUUUAGAUUAUAUAUAUUUAUAGGAUUAGAUACCAUAUGGUGAGGGGAAAAUAUAGAUCUCUCCAUACAUAUUGAAUACAUAAGAAGAAGAAGAA